AUGGAAGUGACACAAGUACUGCACAUGAAUGGAGGCACCGGAGAAACAAGCUAUUCAAGCAACUCCUUACUUCAGCAAAAGGUGAUUUCCUUGACAAAGGGUAUGAGAGAGGAAGCCAUAACCAGCAUCUACCUAAGCAAACUCCCGAGAUGCCUAGCAAUUGCAGACUUGGGUUGUUCUUCGGGACCAAACACUUUCUUUGUGAUAUCUGAAGCAAUAAAAUUGGUAGACAAACUUUGCCGAGAAAAGAAUCAUCAAUCUCCCGAAUACCAGAUCUUCAUGAAUGAUCUUCCUGGGAACGAUUUCAACAACAUUUUCAAGUCUCUUGGCAGUUUCAAGGAGCAACUAAGUAAUGAAAUGGAAGCCGAGAUUGGUCCAUGCUUUUUCACUGGGGUUCCCGGUUCCUUUUAUGGCAGGAUCUUUCCAAAUAAAACUCUGCAUUUUGUCCAUUCCUCUUACAGCCUUCAAUGGCUAUCCAAGGUUCCUGAAGAGAUGGAGAACAACAAGGGCAAUAUUUACAUGGCCAGGACAAGCCCCUCCAAUGUUCUUAAGGCUUAUCAUGAACAAUUUCAAAGUGAUUUCUCGUUAUUUCUGAAGUGCCGUGCAGAAGAGAUUGUUGAAGGGGGUGGUAUGGUUCUGACAUUUUUGGGAAGAAGAAGUGACGACCCAUCUAGCAAAGAGUGUUGCUAUAUAUGGGAGCUUUUGGCCAUGGCUCUUAAUGACAUGGUGUCAAAGGGAACCAUAAAAGAAGAGCAAAUGGACACUUUCAACAUCCCUCAAUACACACCAUCCCCAUCUGAAGUGAAAUUAGAGGUUCUAAAAGAAGGUUCAUUCACCAUUAUCGGCCUGGAGGUAUCCACAGUACCUUGGAAUGCUUACGAUAACUGGAAUUCUUUUGAUUCCGAAUGUAGUUUAUCUAAAUCACCCAGUGAUAUUGGAGGUUACAAUGUAACAAAGUGCAUGAGGGCCGUAGCGGAACCAUUGCUGAUCAGUCACUUUGGAGAUGCUAUCAUUGAAGAGGUUUUUGGCAGGUAUCAAGAAAUCCUAACUGAACGAAUGUCGAAGGAGAAAACUGAAUUUGUUAAUGUGAGCAUAUCGAUGAUCAGGAGAGCAUGAGUAACAAGUUGUUUGCGUAUGUGGUUUCUCAGUAAAACCAAAACUAUAAAGCUCCCUUC